AUGAAUCGUAAAACCCAAAGAGCCACAAACCAGCUCGUGCUCUUCGCCUCCAUACUUCUAUUCAUCAUCUACCUCAACCGCCCCCAAUCCGAAGACAAAACCUACUCAUGGACGAAAAUUCGCUACAAGACCACAUCCCGCACCCUCCCAGAGUCUCGAGGAAUCUGUCCAAAUCUAUCCAGCACCAAAAAACCCGCUCUAAUCGUGUCACGCGUAGCAGCAGACGGAGAUCCAAAAUGGCUCGAUAAACUAUCAACCCACUACCACCCCUGCAUAUACAAUGUCGACGCCCCAGUCGACAAGAAGUCGAUUUACCUCCAAGUCCCCGCAAACCGCGGCCACGAAGCAAUGGCCUACCUCACAUUCAUAAUCGACAAUUACGCCGAGAUACCCGCCGCCGGCGCAGUAUUCGUCCAUGGAUCGCGGUGGGCAUGGCACAAUGAUGCACCGGAUUAUGAUAACGCGGCUUUACUCUCUGUGCUGAAUGUGCCCCGCGCAUUGGAAUCGGGGUACUACAACCUACGCUGUGAUUGGAGUACCAGUACCUGUCCUCUGACGGUAGCCGCGCAAGGCAGUCUGGAAAUGCGAUUACAAUCCACGUUGGAACCGUGGAGUGCGCGCGCGGCAUCUGAUACGGCGCUUCCACGGGCAUUAGCAUCUAUAUUCGGUGGCGAUGAGUACACGGCUGCGGAAAGGAAAGCGAAGCUGGAACUUCGGCGGACGGAUGCCGUGCGGUCACAAUGUUGUGCGCAGUUCGUUGUAUCGCGGGAACGUAUAUGGCAGCAUUCGCGAUCAGAGUACGUUGCUUUGCGGCAGUGGUUACUCGAUGGGAUUGAGGAUGCUCGUAGUUCUCAGACAUAUGGUGGUCCUGCUGCGCCUUUGGAUGAUCGAGUUGCUGGGCGGAUCUUAUCUUAUCUGUGGCAUAUAUUGUUUGCGGAACAGGAUUCCAGUGGGGAGCUGGAGCUGCGUCAGCUUAAUAAGGAUGCUUGUCCUAGUGCCGGGGAGUGUUAUUGUCGAUUGUAUGGGCGGUGUGAUCUGCAGUGUCCGAAUCCUGGGACUUGUUGGGGACAGUAUAAGAUUCCGCCUGAUUAUAAACUUCCCAGCGACUGGGCGGAUACGCAUUCAUGA